GAGCCAUGACCACGGCGACCGCGGCUGAAAUACUUUCCCGCCAGUUAUUAGACGUGGCACCCCGCUAAGGGUCGACAAAUUUCCGUAGCUGAGCCCCCCCCCGUCCAGCGGUCCCCAAGGCGCCCACGGCCAUGGAAGAAGUAUGGCGGAAAUGGCUCGUACAAAAGAUACUAUUGUAGUUACUGGUUUUGGACCAUUUGGAGAUCACAAGAUAAAUGCAAGUUGGGAGACAGUAAAACUCUUGCCAUCAAUGAAUGUUGAAGAGGAGUUUGGCGUGAAGUUGAUUAUUCACGAAAUUCCUGUAACAUAUGAAUAUGUUGCAGAGAAAGUUCCAUUUCUUUGGAAAGCCUAUAACCCAAUGCUAGUUGUGCAUGUGGGUGUGUCCACCCUUGCAACUGGCUUGACUCUGGAGCUGCAAGCGCACAAGUCAGGAUACUGUCGAAAGGAUGUACAAGGGAAAUUACCUCCAAGUCAUGAAGUUAGUAGUGGGAAAGCUGAAGUAAUUCAGCCCAUGUUUGAUGUUGAGGAUGUAUGCAAAGCAGUAGACAAAGCCAAAAUACGAGUUCCUGUCUGCUGUUCCUCAGAUGCUGGAAGAUAUCUUUGUGAAUUCACAUACUUCAUGUCUCUGAACAUAGAUAACCUGCGCACUAUCUUCAUCCAUGUGCCAGUGCUAAACAAACCAUACAGUGCAGCAGAUUUGGCGGAGGGAAUUAAGACUGUACUACGUGUUUUAAUUCAAGAACUCCGUGCUCAGAACCAAGAAGGGCUUCUGAAUAAUGAAGUUUGCCCCCAAAAAGUUGCAUGAAUUUCACUUUUGUAUAUUCUCUAGUGUAAGCAUAUUCAAAAUAUUAAUGAGGAAAGUUGCAAUCAAUUCUUCACAAAUCAACUAAAAUCAGGUAUAUGUAGGGAGGUGGAAGUCUAGAGUAGGUAGUGUGGUACUUAUGCAAGUAUAUUUCUAUUAAAUGUGAAAGUAAUACUAUGGAUGCAAAUGUCCAAUGUGUUAUGUACAUAUAUACAAACAAAUAUCAUCAAAUUAAAGACAGACUCUUUGAUAAUUACUACUUAUCAUUUUUUUAUUCAUCUCCACUGAGCCCUGUUAUGAUUUGCUGUAUUGUCAUAAAUAUAACCAUGAAGUUACUGCUAUUUUUUAUGCCAGAAGUUUACCUUGGCUGAGUAGUGGUUACACAUGAUUUUUUUUUUGUCACUGGUCCUAUGUACCAUCAUGCAGCUGGGUUCUACGUGAUGGUCUGACUGCCAUCUUUGGUGUUGAAGCUAAGGAUGCUCCUGCAGUCAUGCACUGGGUGAGAAGACCUGAUCUUCUGCUGACCAUUCUGCUGCUGAUGUUGACAUCCCAUUUAUUCCCCCGUUACAUGUCUCUCAGUGAGUAGUUCUUUCCCUUCUUUGGGUACCUUCUGUGUCUGACCACCUCUGCAUGGCAGGCAGUGAGGAUUUUGUCUGCAAUGGACCAAGAUGUAGCUGAGCUUCUGAUUAUUAUAGCAUUGGGUAAGGCAAAUCUGAGCUUGAUGGUCUUCCACUUUUAUCACAUAUGACAUGGAGCAUCACUCAUUUUCAUCUCUAAUGCAACAAACUGUUCACAGUCUCUCUUUGAUUUUAACGACAUUUUAAAAUAAAAGAGAGAGAACAAUUUUUUGUUGCAUUAGAGGCAGAAAUGUGUGAACAAGUGAUACGUUGAUGCAAUAGGAUGCUGAAAUAUAAUAUUAUGACAGAGUGAUAAGUUUUAAGGUUUCAAGUGGCAGGGUUACAAGGAAGAGAGGCAAGGUCACAUUCUGGUUUGUCUCUUCAGGGCAGGACAUUUUUCCAUGAUCUGGUUGACACUUCUUACAUUAGACAUUAAACACAGUCUCUUCUCCAGCCAGAUGUCUUCUGCUCAAGUGUUAGCCAAGUUUCAUUAUUGUAUUAAUACACAUAUUACUACAUGUAGGAGGAGGUUAAGUGUGACUGGACGAUUUUAUGGUUGGGGAGAAAUUCUGUUACUAUUCUCAUCUCAAUUCGAGUUCUUUUGAAAGUAAACUGACCACUUGCUGUACUGUUACGCUCUUAGCCUCAUAGCAGUGAGGUUAGUGUUAGCAGUCAGAACUACUGGAGGUGGCCUACCUGACAUGGCUGCUGCCCCCUUCUGUAGAAGUUGAAUUGCUGGGUUGUACUUCCAUGCUGCUUAUCUCUAUGUUGGAAUGAGCAGCACAGAGAAUUCCCUCAUAGCCAUGUUUAUCUUUCAUAUGCCGAUGUGCUGUGAUUUAGGUAUGAACCACUCUUCUUAAGUCCAACUCACUUUCUGCUAGUCUUUCUCCCCAGAAGAGUCAUUUCACUUCUUGAUCUCCUCUCAGUAGUGAGGUCAUCAGACAUAAAGUGGCCCUUUUCAAUGCCCCAGUAUGUUUUCCCAUUGAUAGAACCACAACAAACCAUUCAAUGACACUGCAUAGUGUUUCUCUGACGCUUUAAAUAAUUGUUAAGCAAUAAAACUAUGAUGUGCAUAGAUUACGUCUUCAUGAUAAAAGAGUUUGGUUGCCUCUCAACCUGACCAGGGACAGAGUAAUGGAGAAAACUGGAUGAAGGAACUUGAAUAUUUUUCUUAAAAUAUAUUUUUAUUAUGUACACAUUACUCCAAUAUGCAACAAACAUAAUAUCCUGUACAUUUUAAUCAUGGAUUAAAACAUCACACACCUAAACCUGACAGUCUUCUGCAUAAGUCAGCAAAUUUCUGUAACCAGGUGUUACUUUCACUUCAUGAAGAACCAUUUGUUGGUCUUAAUGUUCCUUUUGUACUGACAGUUCAAAAUAUCUUUUGACAGCAAACUUACAUCUCAUUGCUGAAUGUCAGUUUAAGAAGUGAGAAUCAUAACUUUGGUGUCACAACAAUUCAUUGAUAUAUUCUUGUGACAUACUACUCAAAUGGAAUUAUAGCAUUAAGAAAAAUAUACUGUAUCCCCAAUUACUGUGCUUGCAGUAGUGUAUGUAUCUAUGCAUACCAAG